CUCCCACAAUCCCCCGGCGUUUCCGGGUCAAGAGUCGGGUGCAACGCUCUGGUUUGUUUUGGGUGAUGAUCCGGCCAGCGCCUCGCUGGACACCAUGGCCAACCUGCCACCCGGGGACCCCAAGCUGGUGUCCCUCAUCGUCAACCACUUGAAGAGCCAAGGACUGUUCGACCAGUUCCGUAGAGACUGCCUGGCUGAUGUGGACACUAAGCCUGCGUACCAAAAUCUGAGACAACGGGUUGACAAUUUUGUAUCCAACCAUUUGGCGACCCACACGUGGAGCCCUCAUCUGAACAAGAAUCAGCUGAGGAAUAACAUCCGACAGCAGGUGCUCAAGUCUGGAAUGCUCGGGUCUGGUAUUGACCGCAUUAUAUCACAGGUUGUGGACCCAAAGAUAAACCACACAUUUAGACCUCAAGUGGAAAAAGUUGUACAAGAUUUCUUGGCCACGCUGAAUAAUAAGGAAGAUGGAAAUGCAAAUCCAGAACGAACUGAAGAAAAAUCUGAGACAUCAGUAGCUGUCACCGGUUCUACAUCUGUAGUUGGACCCAGCACCAGCGUAGCUAAUGAUGCAAUGUCUAUUUUGGAAACAAUAAGCUCUUUGAACCAAGAAGCUACAACUGCCUGGGCCUUCACCGACAGUUCUGCAAACCUUAAGAAUGCUGACAAGGUGCCCAAGAAACUUCUCCCACAGCCGAAUGUAGAUGUUGCUGGGGAAAAGGACCGUGGUCUGGAGGAGGCGCCGGAGAAUGAAAAACCAAUCCCGGAAAUCUCAAAUGAAAGUAUCAAGCCAGUUGUGAAGACAGAAGAUAUAAAUGAUAUUUCCCCUCCAACUGAAGACAUUAAAAUCCCUGUCAGCGAAGUAAUAAGCUCCACUCAAAACAAAGACACCACCGCAAAUGACAGCGAUGAGCAGAAAUCUAAAACAACUGCUGAUAAAAUAGAGAAGAAAAUAGAGGUCAGUGAAAAACCUGAGCGAAAGGAAGAGAAAAAAGAAAACAAGGCAGAAAAAAAGAAUGAACAGAUCAAAAAGGGUGACGAUACCACAAGGCAGAAGGAAGAAAAGUCCACUAAAGAGAGAGAAGUUGAAUCGGAACCAGUUAAACACAUCACUGAAAAGAGCAGUAAGCAAAAGGCUGCUGAAACUAUAAAGGAAGAAUGUUGCUCCAUUGAUUCUGAUGUGGAUGUGUUUUCGGAUGUGACUGUCAGCUCUGUUCACACCAGCGACUUAUCCUCGUUUGAUGAAGAGAGUGAGGAAGAAGAUGCUGUGUCAGACAGUACAGAGGAGGGCGAAAUUACGUCUGAUGAUGAGGACAAAGGAGACGCAGAGAGCAAAGCAAAGUCUGUUGAACCUAAUGAAACAAAGACAAAGGGCACACGACAAGCCUAUGUGCACAAACCAUACCUAUAUUCUAAGUAUUACAGUGAUUCUGAUGAUGAACUGACUGUAGAACAGCGCCGGCAGUCUGUGGCCAAAGAAAAGGAAGAGAGACUUCUAAGGAGACAAGUGAAGAGAGAGCGAUUAGUGGAAAAGCGCAAGCAGAAAGCUGCAGAGAAAACCAAGGCUUUGAAAAUGAGGAGUCCAGAAACAACGAGUGCUGUGCCGAAGUCUCCAAAAGGGCAGAAGGUGAAGCUUAGCAGCAUAAAGGAUGUGCUCAAAGAACAAAUGUUUUUAGAAAAAAAAGUUGCAAUGAGCAAAAAAAGGAAUAGAGACUCGAGGUCUGCUACUAGCAGUUUGAAGAUAAAAAGUGAUUAUGUUGAUGAAGACUCUAGGGAUACCCAAAAGUCUAGUGAGUCACAGGAGAGAGCAUCAUCCUCAUCCACAAGAGACUCCAGAUCUACCUCUGGAAGGGAGGAUAAUAAACACUCUAAAAAAUUGGAAUCCACAGAAGAAUGUAAAAGUGACUCUAGAACAGAGAGAGAAUUUAAAAAGAAAGCUGCUUCAUUUGUAGAAAAAACAGAAGACUAUGAGACAUCUGAUACACGAAAGCAUUUAGAGAGACUUGACUCUACCUCUGAGGACCAGCAGAAGCACAGAACUACCCUCAAGCCUGAAAAGCCAUCAAAAAAAGAAACCAGUGAUGGUGAUACAAAGAAUACCCCACGGAAAGAGCCUAAACCUUAUAGUAAUGAGCGUGAACGGACUUACUCUGAGGAACGUUCAUCCUCCAAGCAUAGACACAGGACAGACAGUACACAAAAGCCAGGAAGCGAUCCUGUAUCUCAGAGAUCUAAGCAGACUUCUAAAGACGACAACUUGCAUAAACAUAGCCAAAGUAAAUCUAGCUCAGAAGAGCGAUCGGAUAGGAAAAACAAGCAGAGAAGCGAUGGAAAGUCUUCCUCAUCCAGCAAAGAUGACCGAAUAUCUGACCAUAGUAGCAAAACUGAUGAAAAUAGACAUCGGUCCACAGAAAAGUUGAGACCCGAGAAGAGGUAUAAUCGGUCAUCUAGUGAUUCCAGACAACACAGAGAUUCUCAGAGUUCUUCUUCAAGGUCACACAGCUCAUCCCAGAAAAUCUCCAAGUCUUCAGCUGAUGAUAAAAAUGAAGCCGACUCAGCCAGUUCUAAUUCAAGGCAAGAGACCAAUGUAGAUAAAGGCAAAAAGAGAGCACAUAGCUGUUCAGAAGAAAGAACUCCUACCAAAGCAAAGUCUAAAACUACCAGCAAAUCAUCAAAACAAACUGACCAGGAUGAGACAAACCAAAAGAGUGAGAAAGAUAAGGUUGUAGUGGAAGGUUCUUCAGAUAAAUAUCGAAAAUCGAAGUCUGAAGAUCGAGAUGGUGAGGAAAGAAGAUACAGUGUAAGUGCCCAGACUUCAAGCAAUGUAGCCAAAGAAACCAGUCAAAAGUCCAAACAUUCUGUUGAUAAAGCAAAGGAAAGGUCUCAGCACGAUAACAGGGAUCGUGCAUCUUCUAAAUUGGACAAGAAAUAUUCUGGAGAGAAAAUGACAGUCCCCAAACAUAGUCACAAGGACAUUAGACGAAAAGGAGACUGUAGCAAAUCAGAGGAAAAAUCUUCUAAAUAUCCAGAUGACAAAAGGGUACAAGAACAAUGUAGCAGCUCUGAAAGGAAGUCAAGUAAAAAAUCUGCUUCAGAGUAUAAAAGUGAAAGCUCUAAAGGUGGCAGUACAAAGAAACAUUCUAAAUCAGAAAGUGAAAGUGACAGUUUUAGUAUGGCACUAGUUUCUGGUGAUAUAAAAGACAGAGAGCACAAAAAGACUGUGAAAAUACAUGUGGAUGUCACAGAAAAAGCAAGUGUGGAGUCAAAGGUUGCAGUAUCAAAUCCUGAUAACGCAAGCCCUCUUUCUGUUGCUGAAACAACUACCUCAAACAAAACCUCUGCACUAAAGUCAAAGACAAAACAUGGAGUCAGUGACUCGAAAGACACCAAACCAAGUGGUGCGUUUAAACCAAUUUCAAGAUUGUUUGAUACAAAUAAAGAUGUGCCAAAAGAGAGUGAUACUGGAUUUCCACCUAAAAAGAACAGAAAAUCCAACUUUGAAAGUGGCAACAGAGAUCUCUCCCAACCCAGUGGGUUAGGAAGUUCUGCUGGGGAACAGAGAGAAUCUAGUCUAGAACCCCAUAACAUUGACCAUUCCAGUUUGUCUCCUGCAGAAAUUUAUUCUGAGGUAACAGAUUCAAAUGAUGGGGAGAUUUCCACAAGUGACUUGGCAGAAGAAGAUGCAAAUGGCAUGAAGGAGACGGUCAAGAAAGAAAGCGCAAACAUUCUGGUUCCCAUAGACUUUUCGGAACUGGACAAUCUUGUAACUGGGAAUGACGUAGACAGGGAGGUUUCUGCUAUGGAGACGGAAGCUUCUCAGGCUGAAUAUAAUGACAGAUCUGUUGCAAACCAAGAUGGUUUUACUAUUGAAGGAGAAGAUUGCUCUGUGAAUGUGACUUGUACGGAAAGGAUAGGGAGCAGUGUUAUAGAAACAAGCCAGGGAGAGUCUAGUAGUCAUGUCCAUGUGGGUUACGGAGUCAAUAACCAGAGUGCAAAGGAAGAUGAAUGUGAAGAAACAGCCACUUCUUCUAGCUCUGUUAUAAACAGCAAUGAUGACUUAAGACUUGUUAGCGAGGACACUGCAACAUCUUCCAACACUCCAAUUGCGAACAGCUCCGAUAAAAGUAACUCUGAAAGGAACACUAUUAACCUUGAUAACAGCAGGGGAUAUACUUCCUCUGCUUCUGCCGAUGGUAACUUUGUUGAAGAUGAUGGAUAUUUUACAGUGUUAUCAGAAAAUAGCUUUGAAGAUGCCACCACGUCCUCAAGUUCUGAUAGGAAGCAUUGUAGCAAGCGUAACUAUCUGGACCCUAUCCUUUUGUCCUUAAAGAGUGCAGACAGUGCAGCCACUUGUUCUCAAAGCACAAGUGAUGUUACACCAGAAAAAGUGGGAAACAUUACCCUUAAGGCUGCCACUUCAUCCAGUGCCAACAGGGGAUCUUCUGAAAGUGGCCAAGAUAAUGCUGCAUCAUCCUCUAACAGUGCAGAGGGACAUGGUCUUACUUUAGGAGCUUCAAACAACUUUAGUCACACAGCAACUUCUUCUGACACCCUAACGGAAAGUGAUGGUUCUGGAACUGUUAUUACCCACGUAGCUACGUCUUCAGAAAGUUAUGGAGCUGUUUGCGUUUCUGAACAUAUAACCACUCACGCAGCUACCUCUUCAAGCACAGCAGCAGAGAGCAACCUACUUGGUUUUUCGGAAAGGCACACCGCUACCUCUUCCAGUAAUGUGAUAAACAGCAGCAGAGAGUUGAACUUUGAAGUCUCUCUUGUCUCUUCUGAACUAGAUAGUGAAAAUAUAGCUGCUUCAUCCAGUAACGUAAUGGACUGCAGCUUGGCUCGUGACUCAAGCGACUGGCUUAAAAAUCCCCUAGAAAGAGAGAGUGACAAUGCAGCAAGUUCUUCUAGCAGCCUAGGUACCAGGAUUAAACAUAACUUUAGUACUGUGGAAGACAGUAAAAAUACUCGAGCCACCUCAAGCACACAGCAAGAUGGUAUAAAUGACACCUGUAUGGAUAUUAUCUCUUCGGGAACUCUCAAAGAGUAUCCAGGGAACUCAUCCGAUCUUGCAAUGGACAGUAGCACUGAGGUGUCGGUCUCAAGCGAUGACAAGCUGUACACUGGUAGAGCCACAAGCUGUUCUAGUAGUGGUGGUGAUCAAAGUUCUGAAGAUCAAUAUGUGGAACAGAGAAAGCAUAAGGAUAAUACGGCUUCUUCCAGUAGUGGAGAUACUUUGAUUCAAUCACAGAAUGUUGGUGAUGAAGCAGCUUCCUCCUCAAGCUCUUUCAGGCAAAGUAGUACUCAGCACAGAUUAGAAGCAGCCACAUUAAACAUCGAUAACACAGAGGCUACUGCAUCUUCAAGCAUUGCAAUGAACAGCAGUGCUGAGCAGUGUGAUAGAUCAUCUCCUGGAAACAGUACUGAUACUACAGCAACUUCGUCUAGCAAUUCAGCUAAUAGUUGUGCAAAUCUACACCACAGCACACAACCUACUGCGUCUUCAAGCAUUGCCAUGGACAGCAGUACCGGAGAGGACUUGGGGUUUGAAACAGACAUGGGUAAUAGAGCAAAUACUGCAACGUCUUCAGACACUUUGGGAAGGGUAUGUGAAGAAGAGACGGUAAGAAAUGAUGGAGUACCUGCAUCCUCAAGUAAUAUGGCAACAGGUGGAAUUAAAGAGAAUGCGCAAAGUAAUGUUUUUGCAAAUAAAGCAAAUGAACAGGCAGCUACGUCCAGUAAUAUGAUGGAUAGCAGUAUUGAAGAUGAUAAAACAUGUGACGUUAUUUCGAACAAUAAUGCUUAUGCCACAACUUCCACAACCAUUAACAUUGAAUCAGUGGAGGUUAAAUGCAGAGAUGAUGUUAAUAGUGAAGCCACAGCAGCCAGCUCGAGCAACGCCAUGGAAUCCUCCUUGGAUAAUGGGGAUGACAAUGCAACCUCAUCAGAUAACACGAUGGACAGUAGUUUGGCCGGAAUGAAUCAGACUUUAGUUCCAUCCAAAAAUGAGGAAGCUGCUAGUUCUUCAAGCAUUGGCGAUGGUGGCAUCCAAGAAAUCGGAGCAGAAGCAUCUGCAGACAGACCAACCAUUGAUGAUGCUACAACCUCUUCCAGCACAGAGAGGGAGAGUGACCAGGUCGUUAGUGAUGUAGAUGAUACACUGAGCAGUGAAACCAGUUAUAGAACCAUAGAGAUGGCUGCAGAAUCAAGUUUUGUAGGUAACCAUAGUAACUCGCCAAUUGCUGGUACUUCAGAAGAAGUUGCAGUUCUACUCUCGAGUGCAGAUGCUAAUGAGGAUUCUCAAUGUGUUGAGAGAAUUUCUGAAGAUGGUGUAGAUGAAAUAAGUCAUGAAAAAGAGGAUGCUGUGAGUAGUGCCAGCUCUGAAGAACAAAAACAUGUUAAUUUAUCUAGGCAGGAGCCUAGGCAGCUCGGAGAUGGAGAAACUGAUGGUGUUGUGACUAGCGCUGGUACCGAAGCAAGAGCUUCUCCUGGGACCAGGAAAAUGUCUGAAGCCUUUGGUCAUGUCAGUUGUGCAGAUAUAGGAGUUGUUACUGAUGUAAGCAACGUAACCAUUCACUGUCCAGUAGAGGAAGUGGCCGUUUCUCAUACCAGCGGCUUAGACAUCAAUGAAGAUCAGGUGUCGGGGGCAUCUGUUGACAACCGAGCCUCUGAAGAUCCAGAAAGAAAUGCUUCUGUUGAAAAUGCACUUUAUGAAAUCAUGGCAGAUGUGGGUACUGAUCACGAAGCCGUAAGGCCAACUAACCAACCUAUAUUAGAAGAAGGCGAAGGGACUGUGACCAGUACUGGUAUAACUGAAGAAAAUGAUGGUGAAAAAGUACUGAGGGUUAUUAGAAGAGAAGAUAGCCAUGCAUGCUCUGCCACGGAAAGUAAUGAGAGUGGCAAUAUAAUGAGCAGCAUAGAAACCAGUGACUCCAGAGCUGUUACAGAGGACGAUGAAAGUGCCAUCACGAGCACUGGGGCUAAGGAAGAGGAGGAUGAGGGUGAGGGAUUUGUAACGAGCUCUGGAACAGCAGGUGAAGAUUCUUCAUUUUCCAUUACUGUAGAGCACAAUUUGGCUAGUGUAAUCAAUACCGUUGAAAGUAAUAGUGAUAACAUGACUAUGAACCCCGAAGAAGCAGCAAAUGAUCAGGAGGUGAAUGAGACACUUAAUAGAGAAAUACAUGAAAGUGUUACAGUCUUAACCAUCACACCAGAAAUAUACAAAACAAGAGACAAUGAAUGUACUACUCGUGCUUCAUUGGAAAGUAUUACUCUGUGUGACGCUACAGCAUCUGGACCAUGGGUUGAAAGUUCCAAAGAGAAACCUGAUGGUUCUGAGCAACAGAACAACCAUGAUCAGAUUACAGAGCUGGAUCAUGUUUCCGAGGAGCCUCAAGCAUCAGACAAGAGUAGUUGGCUGGCGAACACAUCUAUAGAUGAUGGAAUGACAAAUUCUGAAGAAGCACAACCCUUGACUGAUGUAGAAUCUACGGACUUAUCAGUUGGUGGUGAUUUCAGUUAUGAAGCUGAUGCAGUUUCCUUGGAACAGAGUGUAGAGGAUGGCAAAGCCAAAACUGUUUCUGAAAACAACAAAGAAUUUGUUCCCACUGCUGUAGUCGACCAGCCCGUUGUGAUUGAAACAUCUGAUGUAUGCGAAAACUCUCCAUCAGUUCUUGAAUUGGGAAAUAUGACGGACAGUACAGUUAUAGCUUCUGAUAACUCUGCCAAUGAGCAUGAAGACCCUUCUGGAGCAAAUCAAGAUGAUCCCACUGUUACACACGCAGAAGAAGCCCAGAAUACUACAACCGUUCAGGUCCCUGAAGACGUUCGCCCAAUACCUCAUUCAGAUGAAGAACAUAGUAAAAUAAAUGAAGAAGAUAAGGUUGUAAAUAAAGAGAAAGUGAAAGAAAAUCAAUCGAGUACAAAAACUGAAAAGGAACCAGAGCCUAAAGUUGACACUGAAAAGAGAAAGCGAGGCAGACCUCCAAAGAGACGUCAUUCAGAAGUUGAUGAAGAACCACCUAGCAAAAAGGAUAAGGAUGUAAAGAAAGAGAAAGUGGAAGGAAAUCAAUCAAAUACAAAAACUGAAGCGGAAUCUGAGCCUAAAGUAGAAACGGAAAAGAGAAAGCGAGGCAGGCCUCCAAAGAAGCGCCCUGUAGAUGCUGAGUCAUCGGUGAAGAAGGAAAGUACUGAAGCAGAGCGCCAUCAAGAUGUACCAAGACAAACGGAUGACAGUGGCAGCACACAUAAAGAUAUUACAAAUUCUGAGAAGGGUGAUGCUGAAACCAAGAAAUCCGAGGCUUCUGGAUCAGAUAGAAAUCCUGACACUGUACGACGAAGAGGGAGGAAUAGCCGACAUUCCCAGAGUUCUUCUGAGACUGACAGUUCAGAAUCAGAGAAAAAGCGUAAAAAAUCAGAAUGUAAUGAGGCGGAUGAGGGCGAGGAUGGAGAGGAGGAAGAUGAUGAUGAUGAUAGUGAGAAUGAUGAAGAGGAAGACCUACAUAGAGGAGCCACAACUAGAGCAGCCUCUCGCCUAGAAGCACAGAGGAAACUGCCACACAAGCCAACAACUCGUGCAGCAGCAAAACUAGGCAGUCCUGAGCAGUCUUCCUCUUCAACAGAGAGACGGAGCAAAGCAAAGGCCGGCAGGUCCCCAAAGAAUACGUAUGCCCCACUGCAAGCAAGUGGAACAAAGAGGCGGAGAGACCCCAGUCCGCAAGGAACAAGAACCCGAGGUCAACACUCCUCAGAAGAAGUGCCAGCAAAAAAAAUGAAGCGCCAAUGAUUUGCGGACAUUUUUUUGUUAUGUAUAUAUUAUUAUAUUCUAAUUUAAACUGUAAAAAGUCAGUUGUUAAACAGGUGCUUAGAAAUGUAAAUGAAUAUACAAUAUUAGCGCCACCUAAUGGGGCACAGACGUUUCAUAUUCUUAGCUGUACGUAGAAGGCCCCAUCUGUAUUUGAAAUUAUGGACUGUACAAAUGAGUGAUAUCUGGUGUUUCUUCAGUAUAUUGUAUAAAUAUGUAACAUAUAGAUUGAAAAGUUAUAAACAGAGGUCAUUGGACAGAUUCCAUAAAUUUCUUCAGUUAACUAAUUCCCCAUCUUUUUCUUCUGUUAACAAAUCGACUAUCACCUUCAUUUCUGGUGUAGACAAAAGAAAUUAGUCAAGAAGACUUACAUGUAUUGAAGUUCUGAAUAAUCAGCCAAUCAGCCCACCCUUAAUGCUUCCUUUUAAGUAAACUUUUAUUUGACUUGUACCUGUUCUUGGUGCUUUUUCAUAAACAGUGGCUCACCCCACUAAAAUACUGCCUCCAGUUUCCUCUGUUCAUGAGAAGGCAGCCUACGAGUUCCCCAGAGACCAAUGACGUCACUAGUUCCUAGUGAUUUGAGGUGCUGCCUUCCCAAUAAUAGUGGAUCAUGCUCAAAGUGGUUGCUUACAAUCUAUGUAGGAUACAAUUCUCUUCCAUUUUCACAAUUUGCAGAUGCAGAGACUUUAUGGUCUGAAAACUGCAUUGUAAAUUAAAAAAAAAUUCUCAAAAUACUUGCAUUUUAUUUUUUAUUUUUUUAAUCUUAAAAAUUACCAUUGCAACACUAGAUCUGCUGGAAAGAAACACACGUAUAGUUCUAAUGCUUGUUAAUUCAAGCGUAGUUUGCUUUUGUAAAUACUUUUAGGAAAUGUUUCAUGCUUGUAUAGACUGUUUUCUGCGUGUACAUUUUUUCAGAUCCCUACUAUAUGAGCUUAUUUUUUUAUUUUUUGAGCAAAUGCUCUGUUUUAUUAUGCUAUUGUUCUAUUGUAGUCUACAGGCAACUUGCCAAACUUAAAAAUUUGCUUUAAUGAAGCAUUAUUCAUUGCCUUCUGCUUUUAUUAUUUAUAACUGAUAUUUUUUUGUGUGUUUUUGCAGUUUUUGUGAUGCAUCAUUUCUUACUUACAUUUUUUUCCAACAUAAAUACUAAACUGGUUUCAACGUGCUGAGAGUUGUAAUAUGUUGCUGAAUAUUUCUGCUUAUUUUUAUAUGGCUUGAAAGGUCAUGAUGAGAUAUAUAAUAUGUGCCAUGUUACUCUGAUAUUAUUAUUUUUUUUACUUACGCCUUUGUAAAAUAUUGCUUGUUUAAUAGCAAUACUAACAUGAUUUCCGUUAUUAAAAAAAAAAAAUUCUUAAGA